CUUGCUUGUUCAUCGGGACGUGACUCAACCGGGCAGUCCUUCCGCAAUCCUUUAUAGCUGUCCACCAUGCAGCCCUCUGACGCCACACUACAGCCCCUUUUAUAACAACCACCCACUUAUCUCUAUCGCUCUACUGCUCCCUGACUUUUCAGCCACCCCCCACGAUGACAUACGAAUACGACCUCUCCCAGCUCACGCCCCCGCCGUCCCCGCCCUGCUUCAAGCACAAGCACGCGCUCCCGAGCCACCGCCGCCCCUCCUCCAAGCAGUCUUCAGCAGGCUACGACAUCUCCCGCAUCCUCGACCCCGCCUACGCCUCCGCGUCCUCCUCCUCCGCCUCGUCCUCCUCCCCCUCCUCCGCCUACGUCGACCGCCACGGCGACCUCCACGACCCCGACUUCCGCCCCUUCGCCCCCGCGCACAAGCGCCGCAGCGCCCCGGGCGCCGGCAUCAACGUCGACACCUACCGCACCCAGUGGGACGGCACGAGCGACGACGAGGACGACGCCGCGAGCGCGUGCGGCAGCGAGACCGAGCGCCUGCACCACCCGCACUACCCGCACGCCCACCACCACCACCACCUCUCGCAGAGGGACCGCAGCACCAGCGGCUCGCGCACGCGCACGACCAGCCCGCGCCGCUUCCUGCCGUACUACGAGCCGCCGUUCGCCGCCACCACCCUCUCGUCGUCGCCCGAGGAGGACGAUGCCACCGUCUCGCCGUACCUCCGGCAGAACUACCACUACGACGACUACAACGUGCGCAUCCGCCGCGCAGACGAGGAGGAGGAUCCGUUUGUGGACGCGUAUGGGUCUGGGCAUGCGACGGGGUUCGGCUAUGAUGAGGAGGGCGAGAGAAAGGGCAGGAGGCUGCUGAAGGGCCGCAUGGCCGCGCGGAAGGAGAAGCGGAAGAGCAAGGAUGAGAAGGACAUCGAGAAGCGCGUCGUGCCACAUGCGCCGUCGCCCUUCCAGCUCGACGGAACCACUGUCGAAGACGAAGUCUCGUCCAGCCAGCAGCAGGAGUGGACUCCUACUUGCACGCAGUCCAUCCGCCGCCAAUGGCAAGCCGUCUCCCUCGCCCUGCGCUUCUCGCUCUUCCGCGCACGCAGACGCCUCCGGCGAAAACUCCUUAACAAGUAGCCUCUAAGCUCACCCCGCACCUGCCAUGCGACAUCCCCCCCAAUGACGGCUCGGGACCACUAGCACUCUGUGAACAUCAUGGUUCUACACACGCAUGCCCCCCGGCCUGGUAUGUCCAACCAUCCAGCCGCACCGAGCGACACACGCACGCGACACCCGCCUGCCCUGCCCGCUCCGACCCGCGCACACGCUGCGCUCUUGACGACACCUCACGACCCCUUUCCGCCUUCCUGUUUGUUAUGCAUUUCGCUUUUUUCUCCGCCGAGGGGGCCGGGGAACGUCCCCUCGGCGCUGUGCAUAUAUGUUUUCCCUAACCCGCCUCACGUUCGCGUUCGCUUUGUUUUGGGUUUUGCAUCCCUCACUCCCGCCUUCGUCUCACGCAUUUAGGUAUGCACGACUCUCACGGACACCACGCUCGCUCGCUCGCAAUCCAGUGCGAGUGAGGUGUACCCUGGUUUUGAUAGGAUGAUUGAACGGUUGGGAGGGGGAUGGCUAUGUAGACGAUUGGGUAUGAAUGAAGUAUAGGACCGAAAAUGGAUCAAUGCAAUGAAAGAUAUGAACCGC